AUGUUUGAAAUGAAUUUUGGGAAAGUGGUGGCGAAGGAGAACACCACUUACUACCUAACAGUGGAACCCGAGAGCGCAGCGUACCAGCAGUUCGACAUCAAUAUCACGCUCACUUCCAUCACCGGCGAUGUAGACUUGAUUGUGGGGACCCCAGGAGCCUCAUCCAAUCUGGCCAGCACGCGCAAUGUGGGUCAGGACAUUGUCUUCGUCUACAGGACGGAGCUGGCUGCGGGGAAAUAUGCAGUGGUGGUGCUGGGGUAUGCGCUAGAAACACAGUACGAGCUGACAGUGCAGCUUGUGGAGACUCAGCGAUCGCUGCGGCCGGCCGCCACGCUGGCGCUCGGACAGAUGAUGGUUGACUGCUGUGCCACGGACGAGACGGCGUGCACGGACCUUAAGGCCAAGUUCCCAGAGCUGAACAGCCACGACGCGGACGUCAACCCAGACUACUGCUACAUGCAUGGCAACGUCUGCAGCAGGGACGGCGUGCUGCUGGAGAUGGCGGCGUUUGCCGGCGGCGAUCUGUCGUGCGCGUUCCCGGGGGAUGCGGUUAUGGGCGUGUUCAAGGGGCUCACUCGCCUCGAUUUGUCCGGAAACCGCAUCACCGGCAACAUAACACAGGUGGCCAAGACGCUGUCGGCCCUCCCCAAACUCGCACACGUGGAUUUGGGCUUCGAUGCAUUGGAGGGUCCACUGGACUCUGCAUGCGGGCUGGCGCGCACGCGUAAGAUGGCGUCCCUGAACCUAAUGAACAAUGCGCUGAGCGGCAGCGUUCCCUCCUGCUUCACCCAGCUUCCCGAGCUGGCGGAGCUCCACCUCGACUACAACCAGCUCACCGGAUUGCUGCCUGCCUGGGAGACCGCUAAUAGCCCCAUGGUCUACUUCUCAGCGGCCUACCAGAUGGGCUUCCUGUCAGGGAUCAGCGGCCCGUUGCCCAACUCAUUUGGCAAGAUGAAAAGCCUGGCCUACCUGGAUCUGGGCGGCAACAUGCUGACUGGACCGCUGCCCCCCUCUCUCCCUGCCUCCAUGAUCGAUCUGCGUCUGGGUGCCAACUUCUUCUCGGGCACCCUGCCCGCCUCCUACGGGCUGAUGCAGAACUUGGUGUCUAUGGAGCUGGAUGACAACUCGCUGGAGGGAACGCUGCCGAACGGCCUGGCGGCCAUGAAAUCAUUGAAAUUACUCGACCUGUCCAAUAAUUACCUGACCGGCUCGCUGCCGGCUGACUGGACCGGGUCCCCCCGCCUCACCCUCUUGCUGGUGGGCAACAACGCCAUCUCAGGGAACCUGCCCGCCAGCCUGGCACUGCUGGAGGACUUAGUCGUGCUGGAUGUGCACAACAAUUCCCUGAGCGGCAGCCUGGAUGAAUUCGCAUUUGAAACCGUUUCGAACCGCCAGGACCUGCACUCCACGCUGCGCUACUUUGACAUCGGCAACAACUCAUUCACCGGGGACAUGAACGAGCUGGACGCACUCAAGCGGCUGGCGGUGUUCUCGAAUUACGCACCCUCAGCACUCACCCCCAGCGACCUGCAGGCGAUGGCGGCAAACACAACAACAACAGGGAGCACGAUCCGCGCGCGGGCGCAGAUGACGCCUCGGACGUUCGAUAUCAGCGGAAACUUAUUUGACGGCUGGUUUCCCGAGUGGAUGGUUGAGAAGGUUGCCGCCUGCAAGGAGGACAUCACUCUCAUCCUGGAUGGGGUGACGUUCACCUGCCCGCCAAAGGGAUUCGAGCUGGAGGCAUCGCCGCCGGCCGGGCGCCUGGACGGCCUUUUCUGCUACAACGCCCCUGCACAUGCACCCAUUACUGAUGCCACGCCCACGUCAGCGAUCGCCACCAUGGUCCGCAUCGAGCACCACCACUUGUCAGGCGGCGCCGUCUUUGGCAUCAUCCUCGCUGUGCUCGUCGGAGUCGCCCUGCUGGCGGGCGGAGGCUACUGGCUGUACAAGAGGAGGAGCGUCAGCAGCUUUGAGAGGUUCGACAAGUUUGACUCGGGCGCAGCGGCCGGGCCGAUGCAGGCCGGAGGCGCAACGAAUGUUUUCGCGUCGUCCAAGUUUGGCGGCCGCAUGGUCUACCCCGACAUGCAGGAAGUGGAGAUGGGGUUUGCGCCCCCCGCUAGGGAAUCCCCCAGCAAGGGGUUUAAUGUUAACCUCAAGAGCGGCCGCAAGCUGGAGCUGCCCUGA